AUGCUGCUCCUCUGUGCCGCUCGGCCUCCUCCAGCUUCACGGCGAUCCGCUCCGGCGAAAAUGCUGCGAAAUAUCGACCGCUGCGAGGCCCUCAUCUUCACCACUUCGAGCGCCGUCGACCAGCCUACCUCACGACUCCGGCGCGGCGUCUCGCGGCUGCUUGCCGAGGCUAGCGACGACGGCGCGCUGGUCGCGCUUCUCGAGCCGCCCGGCAGCCCAGAGCACGAGCCCUUGCCGGGCGCCGUCACAUGGCCGACUAAUGCCGCCGAGCCGACCGUGGCGGAGCUCACAUCCUUGCGCGAGUCGAUGCACAUCGCGGCGCCUGCGGGCUUUGCCGGUGCGCCCGGCGCCGCGUGGGGUCGCGAGCCGGUGGCGGCACGCUGCGUCGUCCUGGUCACUUCGCUGGGCGCGACGGCGGCGGCGCUAGGUGCCGGGAUGCGGUCGGAGGGCUGGCUGGACGAGGAGAUCGACGGCGUCGCGGACGCGUGCCUGGACGGCGGCAUCGGCGAAGGGCCGCUCGCGCUGCGGCGCGGCGCUGUCUUCGGCGAGAGUGGUGUGGAGAGGGCGGUGCUCGCCGACUUGAGCACGCCCGGCGCGUACUGGCUCAACCCUGCGCUGCCUCGCGACCUGGAGGGGAGAGCGGUCGACCCGACCACCGGCGCGGUGGUGGCACGCGCCGCAGACGGGGAGGGUGCAGGGGAGGAGGAGGUGGCGCAGGUGACAGAGGCGGCGGAGGAGGAGGAGGAGGAGGAGGCGGAGGCGGCGGCGGAGGAGGAGGCGGCGGAGGCGCUACACUCCGCGCUCUCCGACAUUGCUCCUCUGCCGCGUGAGGCGGGCGAGGGAGGCGAGGGGGGCGAGGGAGGCGAGGGGGGCGAGGGAGGCGAGGGAGGCGAGGGAGGCGCGGCGGGCGAGGGGGGCGAGGGAGGCGGAGGCGCAAUCGAGGUUGAGCCGAGCGGCGCGCUGGCGGAGCUGGUGCUGAGCGGCGCGGCGCUGCUGGUCGACGUGCGGCAGCCGGCAGAGUGGCGGCUCGAUGGGCAUCUCGCCUGCUCCGCCAACCUGGCCGCCUACACGUGGGAGCACGGCUACUAUCUGCCCGACGCGACCUUCGCCGCCCGCGUGGCGGAGGCGUGGCCGCUCGACCAGCCGAUCGUGCUGCUCUGCGCGGACGGCGCUCUCUCGGAGGGCGCCGCCGCCGUGCUGGCGGCCGCAUCCUUCUCAGACGUUUUUGUGGUGCGCGGCGGGCUGCGGGCGUGGGAGGAAGCGGCGGAGGAGGAGGGCCUUCCGCGGCUGGUGGUGUCUGACGAUGGAGAGGGCGGGCUCGCGGGCUCUUGGGCGUGA